GGUCACUUCCUCCCUUGUCUCCUAGCAACGGCUGGAAGCGCUGUUGACAGCCAGGGAAGAAGAGACGCCAGGCUGAGCUCAGAGUCUUGCUGGCCACGCGAUGACAGAGGUAGAGGAAACCCUAAAGAGAAUCCAGAGCCAUAAAGGAGUUAUUGGAACCAUGGUCGUAAAUGCAGAAGGCAUCCCUAUCCGAACCACUCUGGACAACUCAACCACGGUUCAGUAUGCAGGCCUUCUUCACCAGCUCACAAUAAAAGCCAAGAGCACGAUCCGUGAUAUUGACCCUCAGAACGACUUAACUUUCCUGAGGAUCAGGUCAAAGAAACAUGAAAUCAUGGUAGCUCCAGAUAAAGAAUACCUUCUGAUCGUCAUUCAGAAUCCGUGUGAGUAGACCUGCUACAGUCACAUCUGCCCUCACGACACUGGAAACACUUUCCUCUUUAAUGAUUCCUAGAAUUAUAUCCCAGUCUAACUAAGUUGUGGACAUUAUUUUCUAUUUUUACAUCUGAAUUAUUAACUUGUCUCUUUUAGUCCCUUUUGAUUGCACUGUGAACUUGUACUUUUUACUAAAUAAUAAACAGAUUUUGGUAUA